GUUUCUCUCUCUCACUGUCUCAACAGAGAUAAUCGCUGGCUUCCAGUCUUGCCACCCAUGUUCUUCUCUCACUCCAAAAUCUCCCCCUAAUAUCCACCACCACCACCACCUCCACAAUUCCACACUCAAACACACACCCACUGCGUGUGUUUGUGUGUGUGUGUUUUUUUUCAUCAUUCCUCCCUUCCUCCACCACAACCCAUGGCCUAUGUGCCUGCAGAUUCCAUGUUCCGAAGCCACGACGACGUCCCACAAGAUUUCCACGGCGUUCCGGAUUUCCUGAUGAGGAGAUCCAUGUCGUUCUCGGGCAUGGAUCGGGCCGAGGAGUUCCACGCGGACGACGAGGGCUCGGACGACGGCUCCCAGCUGCUGGGGGAGAAGAAGCGGAGGCUGAACUUGGAGCAAGUGAAGGCCCUGGAGAAGAGCUUCGAGCUCGGGAACAAGCUCGAGCCCGAACGCAAAAUGCAGCUGGCUCGGGCCCUCGGCCUCCAGCCACGUCAGAUCGCCAUCUGGUUCCAAAACCGCCGGGCCCGGUGGAAGACAAAGCAGUUGGAGAAGGACUACGACGUCCUCAAGAGACAAUUUGAAGCCCUCAAAGCCGACAACGACGUCCUCAAAUCGCAAAACAAAAAGCUCCAAACCCAGUUAUUGGGGCUAAAAGGCGGGGAGUCGGGCGCGGGGGCGAUCAAUCUGAACAAGGACAACGAGGGGUCGUGGAGCAACGGGAGCGACACGAGCUGCGAGGUCAACAUUAAGACGUCGACGGCCACGGAAAGCGCAAUGUACAAUCAAAGAAACAAGCACGGCUCCAUGUUUCCACCGCCGCAGACGCUGACGCAGCUCCUGCACGGCUCGGGGAGGCCGGAGCAGCAACAUAGUAUGCCGGCGGCCAACGAGUGCUUCGGCACUAUGUUUGCCGGCAUCGAAGAAACGCAGGAAUUCUGGCCAUGGUCGGAACAACAGAAUUUCCAUUAAUUAUGAAUAAAAAAGGAAAGAGAAAUGGUGUCUUCUUCUUCUUCUUGUUCAAUUUGCCUAUAAUGUGUUUUCUUCAAGAUUACAUUUUUUUUUUGUUUUCCCUUUUCUUGAAAUUAUUAAUUAAACUUGCCAUAGAUAUAUUAUUCCCACCCCACACUGUUUUUUUUUACUAA